GACAUAUGUCAAACUCAACGGGGAAAUAAGUCCUGGUGACAUAUCAAAUCGCGUUUGUGUUUUGUAUUUAGAUGUGAAUUACACGAAUUGAUUUGUUGCGAUUUAUACGAUGUCUUGUCCCCAGAUGCCUUUUACAUUAACCGUUGCGUAUUUUCCUUAAAAAAGUAUACUUGUUUAACCGUACCCCUUGGUAUCGAUAUGGCCGAAACAAGUGCAAUGAACUCGGAUAACAAAGUGGAGCAGGCCGUAGCGUUAACGGCUGUGGGAGACAACAUCAAGAAGGAGGUGGACGUCAAGUCGGAGCCGCAGGAGUGCCUGCUGUGCGUGACGCGCACCCGCGAAUGUCAUGAUAUUUACGGCACUAGUACCACCGCCUCUGGGACCUCGCUGCAUCAAUUCCUCUUGAAAUUUACCCAAGUGAACCUCACCGACGCACACAACUGCUCCAAAUACAUAUGCAAAAGCUGCUACGAUCUGAUAAACGUGUUGGAACAGGCCGAAAUAGAGUAUACGAAGUUGAAGGAGACUUUCGAAGCUAUUAUCAGUAAGAAUCCGCUCUUUGAAAAUGGAAUGUCUCAAAUGAAACUGUCUGUGAAGUCGGAAAUAGCGGAUGACGAUGAUGACGACGAGUCAGUCAAUUUCGCCAACUUGGAGGAGGAUUCCGAGGACGAGCCACUGGUUCGGAAGAAGCGACGGCGCAAGGUGCACACUAAGAAAAAGAAACCAAGCACUACGGGGAAACGAAAGGUGGCUAAGAUAGAACAGAGUUGGGAAUGUGAUAUUUGCGGACUACAAGGAGAUACCGGUGGAGCUGAGGCAGAGAUGGAACACAAGAUCAGCAAGCAUGCACUGAACGAUAACCCAGUACUGAGAGACGUCAAGACUGAGGAUUCUGCUGAUGGGUCACAAAGUCCAUACAACAAUGGUUUCGAAUCGUGUUUGCAAAUAGGAUUUGAAAAUUUCGACGGGGAGUCCAGCUUAUUGGAGCCUGUUGAUAAAUCCACAAAGAAAAGAAAAGUGACAGAACAAAGGAAAUCCAAGUUAUUAUCAGCUGAGAAACUAAAGAAACCGAAGGUUAUGCACCAGUGUGAUCAGUGCAGUGCGCGGUAUUCAUCACCGAUCCGCCUGGAACAGCACAAGCAGAAACAUGACGGCUCGAAGCCGCCCUACAUCUGCGAGAUCUGCGGCGCGCACUACAAACACAAGCGCGCCUGCGACAUACACAUCGCCAUGCACAAGGGAAUAAGUGACUGGAAGUGUGAGGAGUGCAACAAAUUGUUCCCAUCUAAGAAUGCAUUGCAGAGGCAUAACAACAUUCAUACUGGCAAACUUAACUAUCAGUGUGACCUCUGCGGCAAGUCCUUCAUCCACACAUCAUCAUUCAAAAUGCACAAACUGUCACACUCGGGCGUGAAGCCGCACGCGUGUGACGUGUGCGGACUGGCGCUGAUGACCCGCUCGCAUCUGAAACGCCACAAGCGCAUCCACAGCGGCGAGAAACGGCACGAGUGCGGCGUCUGUGGCAAGCGCUUCUCCGAGCGGUACAACCUCGCGGCGCACAGCAAGGCGCACGCGCCAGACAACACCGGUCGUGAUCGGGACGCGCCGCGCCGCCGCCUGUUCCGCUGCGGCUUCUGCCCGGAGCGGUUCGAGCGGCGUUAUAUGCUGGAGCGGCACACGGCGUCGGCGCACGGCCGCACGCUUGAACGACCACCGCCUACGCCGCGCAAUACCAUGAGCAAGCUGCUGAAGGCUCAGGCGUUGGCGAGGGCCCCUCAUACUGCUACUCAGCUGGACUUAGAGCCGAAGCCGGACCGCAGCCCCGAGUCACCCGCCACCCCUGUCACACCGCAAAAACUCAUUGCGCAUCUAUCUUCGUCGACGUCCAUCAUAACGUCGAGUUCGUGGUCAGGCGCGUACGCGGCCGAAUUCGGGCUUAGGCCGGAGUUCCCUCACUGACUGCAUCGCUGCACUAGUUGAAAUAUUCGGAGCUGUCACUCAACGCGGGGCUGACUCGGGAGUCGAACUCACGCCAUGAGAGCAGACGGCCUAUACGACGAACUGAACUGUAUUUUAAAAGUUAUAACACGUGUAUGUAAAGUCUAGUAUGAUUACGCACCUGAAUUUGUAACAUGCAAUAGUAUGUCAUAUGCUUGCAACAGCUGUUCUGCUGCCCAUAGAAAAAGCAUAACUUACAAGUACAUAUUUAACCAAAAAUUUGUUUGUGAUUUAAUUUAUUUACUCUAGAAAUAAACUGGGAAUAUUUUCUUUUCUUUUGAUGGUAUAUAAUUGUAUAUUUAUUUGACUGGAAUUUAAUUUAAAGUUUUUAUAAAGUGACUUUUAUGAGUUGUGCUUUUUUACACGGGCAGUGUUCUUCCAAAAGCAAUAACAUAGUGAAUACAGAUAUACUUAGUUGACCGAACAAACAGUAUAGUGUACAGUAUCUUCAUAUAGAAUGUUGCAUUUGUCAUAUGAAUUGUGAAUAUGAUUUUAACGGCGAAUAUGCCGGUAUGUUACAUAUUAUUAUGUGUAAGUGUAAAGAAAUAGAGAACUGGCACUAAAUGAUCGUUGUAAAAACAUAUUUUUGUACCAAGCGCUGUACAUCACAAUGUGACCAGACAUUUGGUCACGACUGCGCCAAGCGUCACAUCAACGCAUCACGUAUUUUAUUUUAACAUGUAUUAUAUUUUAAAAUGAAUUAUAUAAU